GUGAAAUUGACGCGUCAUGGAAGCUGAAGCCAGUUUCUCUGCAAUUGCUCCGCGGUGUUCGACGGAGAUAACUACCAGAUUUGGGCAUUACGUAUGGAGACAUACUUGGAAGCUUUAGAUCUUUGUGAAGCAGUGGAAGAAGACUAUGAAAUUCCUGCACUUCCAAACAAUCCCACCAUGGCACAAAUUAAAGCACAGAAAGAAAAGAAGACAAAGAAAUCAAAGGCAAAGGCCUGUUUGUUUACUGCAGUCUCAUCCAUCAUCUUCACUCGUAUCAUGUCUCUGAAGUCAGCAAAAGAGAUAUGGGAUUAUCUCAAGAAUGAAUAUGAAGGAGAUGAAAGAAUUAAAGGGAUGCAAGUCCUUAACUUGAUUAGGGAAUUUGAACUUCAAAGAAUUAAGGACUCUGAGACGAUUAAAGAUUAAUCCGAUAAGCUUCUGAGUAUCGCAAACAAAGUAAGGCCUAUUGGAUCUGAAUUUACUGACUCAAGAAUUGUAGAAAAAA